AUGGCUUCAAUCAUUCUUGCAUCGCUUAACACAGUGGGGCUCAUAUUUGGAGGAUGUUGCUCUAACGUGAGUUUUCUCGACGACAUGACUUAUGUUGAGUGUCCUCUAAUUCUCCUUCAAAGGNUCUUUACGCUGGAGAAGAUCAUCAAGNUGAGACUGAGUCUGACAGCGGUUCGUAACUACCUACCAAACACUGAGUAUCCAACUCACCACGUCGCAGGUCUUCUCAUCACCCUCUUCCAAUUCAUAUUUACAGCUCUCGCGGCCUCCUUCUCUCAGAUCACACCCACCCUGACGCUCAAGUCUCCGUCAGUGCCCAUGCGCAAAUGGGCUUACAUCGCACUCAUGUUCUUCGCCAUCAAUAUGCUCAACAACUGGGCUUUUGCCUUCAACAUCUCCGUCCCAGUGCACAUAAUUCUGCGCUCUUUUGGUUCGGUGACGACGAUGUUGGCGGGUGCAUUGCAAGGCAAACGAUACACUUGGCUACAAGUGGGCAGUGUGGUAAUCUUGACUUUCGGAGUACUGGUGUCUGCGUUUGCGGAUGCGGAUAGCAAGGUGAGCUGCCUCUCUCUUCCGGAAUAUAGUAAAGGUCAAAUUGCUGAUGUUGAGAACAAUAGGNGCAAGUCCGUGGAGACAAACCAAAUAGACCUCAGCUCAGGUCUUCUCAUCCUGCUCGCCGCUCAGAUUUUGUCAGCAUACAUGGGCGUCUAUGUGCAAGACACCUACGCCACCCACGGCUCCCACUGGCGUGAAAAUCUCUUCUACAGCCACUUCCUCUCGCUACCCCUCUUCCUGCCUCUGACCAACACUUUACGUCGCCAAUACACUGCUCUCUCCGCCACCACACCACUCUCAGUCCCCGACUCACUGCCAGUUCUCAAGAGCGCAAACUUGCCCUCCGGUAUCGCAUACCUGCUGCUCAACUCUCUGACGCAAUUGGCCUGCAUAACAGGCGUAAACCUCCUCUCUGCCCAAGCCUCGGCAGUCACAGUCACCAUAGUCUUGAACGUGAGAAAGCUGGUCAGUUUUGUGGCGAGCACGAUCUUGUUCGGACACAAGUUGAGUGGGAUGAUGGCAGUUGGUGCAGGCUUGGUGUUUGGGGCUGGUGCACUGUAUGGCUGGGAAACCAGUUAUAGGAUCCCGAUGCAGAAGAAGCAGAGACAAAUCAAGGAGGCCAAGACACAGUAG